AUGGCACUUCACUCAGGCCCCGUUGAAGUCCAGCAGCGUCCUUUCCAGCCUCAGCCAUUGUCGACUCAAUCCUCAACUGAACCCAUCCCAAGACCGUUGUUUCACCGAGCCGCGAGCUUCGAUUCCACAAAGGAAGACGAGUCUGAUCAUGGUCCCAGCUCACCCGGCGUGAAGAGGACUUUCUCCGAUCUUAGUCUCUCGUCCAAAAACGACUCCUCGUUCAAAGAAAACCUCUCUGCUGGCAAGGAAAUUCUUCGGAGAGUGACUCUCCGCUCACCAAACAAACCCAAACCAGCAGCCACCAGAAGCUCCCCAUCCAAAACCACCGUUGCAAGCUCUUCAAACGGCAACACGUUGAAGGAAAAGUCCACCAAUGUAGGGACUGCAAACAGCAUGGAGACUAAUGGUGGGGAGAGCCGACAGACUAUACCAGUCAGACCUACGAAGGCUCGGUCUGUCUCUGGGAAAAUUGCUACGUUGGCACGGGUUUCCUGGAUGGCAGGCUCUCGGUCCCCCUCACCAGGGAGUACUGAGUCUAAGAGAAGAGCAUCUCGUUCACGAGAACAGUCUCCAACGCCGGGUUCACAUUUACGAGACGCAGACGGCGUGUCAUUGCAAAGCGGUACUUCCGAUGACAAAGGGGCAUCCGUGGAUUCGGCCGAAAGCCCCAGGAGAUCUAUAAACAAAAAGACACGACGUCCAUUAAGCGCUUUCGUUCCCCGAAGCAAGUCCGCAGAUCCUUCCGCAUCGUCAUCUCCUUCUCUCCGUAGCCGAAAGUCGCUGGACGAGAUGAUGCGACAACAUAUAUCAACUGCAACUCUGCCACCGCUCCCUAAAGCCCCUGUCAUUUCAGUUCCUGUAACUGUCGAACCGCCGCGAAAGAAAGACGAACUAUGGACUGUUUUCAGAGUCUUGGAAGCGGAUUUACAUAGAUUCCAAGCCAAGUCAACCAACUUGAAAGCCAACGUGAUUCGCUCUUCGCUUCUCCCUUUCCUCGCUCGAUAUGCUUCUCACCCAUCACUCGACAGUCUGCGACCGGAAGAUCUUGACCGCCGAGUAAAUAUUUGGAAUAAAUGGUGGACUGCGUUAUUAGCUAUGCUGCAUGGAAACCAUCAUCAAUCGGUAUCUGGAACUGACCGACCCGUCUAUUUAGAAGCUAUGGCAGGCAUUAUGAUGCGAAAGGAGUGGCGAAUGCCUUAUAGGGUACAUGACUCCUCUGCUGGCAGCUCUAAGUCCUCGUUGGAAUCAGAAUCGUCUGAUUUUUUGGUGGAGUCGAUUUAUCACAACGUCAGGAACAUUUUUAACCAGAACUUGCUCUCUCAAAUGUCGUUCGUUGUGGAAAGAAUGUCUAUGAGGCAUGCACCAGCUAGCCUGGUGUCUUUCUGCGGAAAAGCAUGCGCCUAUGCAUUCUACUUUUGUCCUGGAAUUGCCGAUAUGCUAGUGCGACUGUGGAAUACUCCCUCCGAUGUUUAUCGCAGAAUCCUUGCCGACCCAUCAGUUCAUAAAGGACUGGGAGGAAGAUCGAUUGCUCAUGAUAUUGCCAUGGCAUUUCCUCUGCCUGUCAGACCACUAUCUUUCUUUUCACAUACUACGGCUAUACGGCAUUUGCGUCAACCACCAAAUUUACCUUUGAGUGCGGUGCAAAUUCAAUGGCAUGGCCCAUGGGUGUCACGUUGGUGUGGGCGAGAAAGUGACCUAUUCUUCGUUUUCAUCAAGCAUUUCCAUGUCCUUCAUUGCGACUUCUUAUCCACAAAGACGCAGAAAUCACAACGAAUUUUUGCGCCAGGCAUGGUGUCAGUACAAGGCCAACUAUUGGUCGUUUUGGAAGACACUCUUUAUCGCCAAUCGUCUCCGCAGAUGCCUGAAAACGCUUUUGCCACCAGUUCGGUCACGUUUGACGAUUUAAUGGAAGCUCCUGAUACAGCCAUGUCUACGUUGCCAUUGGGAGCUGCAAACCGCCAUCGUUCUAUGGCUGAGAACCGACUGAUAAUCCUUUUGCGAGACCUUUUCACAGACCCGUCACAGGAAUCUACACAAGCGCGCCGCAUCUAUGCCGAUUCAUUUAUGCGUACAUUAAAGACUGCUGCACGGAGGACGUCAUUGUUUGACCACAAUGCUUGCUUUGUCCUAUGCGAUUUUGUAGAAGAAGCAGCUCCCUUGAUCAACCAGUACUGCCGCAAAAUCAAAGAAGACAUCUUCGAUUGGCCGUUUUGGAUGGAUGUCUGUAAGCAAAUGGCCCGCAGUCAGAAUUCCUUGACCGAGGUUCGACUUUUUGCUUUCGUUUUCUCUCUUUGGAAGACAUGGACCUCCGAUUCUCAACGACAUCGUGAUCUCUGUGAGCAGUUCUUACUCAACGACAAUUACUUCUACCAUUAUUUUAGCCAUUGGAGUCCUAUGGUGCGGUCGUAUUUCCAUCGCUUACUUUGCUGGAGGGUUGCACGGUUCAAUGAAGAUCCGUCAUCCGUGGAUUCUGACAUUUAUGAGCUUCUUCUCGACAAGUUGGAACAGGUCUGGGCUUAUUACUUAUCCUUCCAAUCAAGGGCAGCAAAAGAAAGAAAGGCGCAAUUAUCUUCCGCUCCGUGCAGUCCAGCUCCCAGUCGAAGAAUCCUGAUCAUUCGCUGUGACAAUCAACAACCUUCUCCUACCAACCUAUUUGUUUCAUUUGACCGGGUCAGCACUCCGCAGUCAACAUUAAGCAAUGGUAGUUAUCGCAGUCACGGCGUUCUCACGGUCGAUCCCAAUGGAUUUCCUUCUGAGUCCCAGUCAGCACCAAGACGCAGGUGGAACAUGUUGAAAAACAUGUUUGCUGGAGUCAACAAUCCAAAGCCUGGGGAGGUAACACCGCCUGGUAGCUCUGAUGAAAACGAUAUAAACCCAAUGGACAAUUUCAUGGGCGACGUCAUUACACCAACAGUUAGCUCCAGUUCUCAAGACAGUGGCAGCCAACCCGGUGACGAUAGCGACAGUUUUCAAGAGCUGCAGACCCCACACCAACAAUACAUCUUCAAGUUCUCGUUGGAAUGGCAACAGUAUACCCCUCCAAGCAAAAACAGACGCUUGUUUUCCCCGACCCUCCCUAACGGCACCCUCCAUCAUAUUCAAUAUAUUCGAUCCAAGACUCUACAUGACUCAACAACAGACGACGACUCCGGAGCAGAGGGCAGCAUUGACGAAUUGAAAGGUGACCAGCGAGACACGGACGGGUCCAACGCCAGCACAAAUGAAUCAUACAUGUCCAACAAAAUAUCGGUCGACGAAACGGAAGCCAUUGACGUCAGCAAACUUCGCAACGAGCAUUUGGUUGCUAGUAAGUACGCAGGCCGCGCGCUUGCAGAAUGGGCGAUAGUUGUAUCAGAAUGCGACAAUUUCUACGAUCGAAGACGCGACGAGGGUGUUCCAACCGAUGACCUAGUCGAAAUACCGACUUUAAGUGUCGACAAUUUCCGAAAAUAA